AUGAGUGCCUCUGUUCUCGCUCGUAUUGCCCAGCGGGGUCUGCACACCUCGGCACGGAGGCUCGCCCUCACGAAGAUGGCCAUGCCGGCCAUGAGCCCUACCAUGACCGAGGGCGGUAUCUCCAAGUGGAAGGUCGAGGAGGGCGGCUCCUUCUCUGCCGGCGACGUUCUGCUCGAGAUUGAGACGGACAAGGCCGUCAUUGAUGUCGAGGCUCAGGACGACGGCGUGCUGGCAAAGAUCAUCACCGGUGACGGUUCCAAAAACGUUGGUGUCGGUGCACCCAUCGCCAUCCUCGCCGAGCCAGGAGAUGACUUGUCUGCGGCAACACAAAUGGCCGAGGACGCGAAGAAGGAGGGCGGCUCUUCCUCUGCACCUGCACCGAAAGAGGAGUCGGCACCCGCACCGCCCAAGCCGUCGUCCGGCACGACCGACCCCGCGAAUGCGCCCACAAAAUCCACUGACAACUCCGGCUACGACGUCUCGCCAAAGACCGAGCUUCCCAAGGGUGACCGCAUCUACGCGACACCCGUGGCAAAGAAGAUCGCCCUCGAGCGCGGUAUUCCUCUUGCCAAGGUCAAGGGCACCGGUCCCGAGGGCCGCAUCACGCGUGAGGACGUCGAGAAGUACAAGCCCGAGUCCGCCGCCGCAACCUCUGCUGCCACCCCGGCAGUACCGGAGUACACCGACACGCCCACCAGCAAUAUGCGCCGCACCAUUGGCCAGCGCUUGCAGGAGAGCAAGGUCCAGGCGCCGCAUUACUACGUUACCGCGGACAUCAACAUGGACAAGGUCAUCAAGCUUCGCGAGGCGUUCAACAAGAGUCUGGCGGAGAAGGACAAGGGCGCGAAGCUCUCCGUGAACGACUUCAUCGUUAAGGCUGUCGCCAAGGCAUGUGAGGACGUUCCGGAGGCCAACUCUGCAUGGCUCGGCGAGAACAUUAGGCAGUACCACAAGGUCGACGUCAGCAUCGCUGUUGCGACACCUAAUGGCCUCAUCACGCCCAUUGUCAAGGAUGUCGGCGCAAAAGGUCUCGCAACCCUCUCCGCCGAAGCCAAGACGCUCGCGAAGAAGGCGCGCGACGGCAAGCUUGCGCCGCAAGAGUACCAGGGUGGCACCUUCACCGUCUCCAACCUGGGCAUGUACGACGUCUCACACUUCACCGCCAUUAUCAACCCGCCGCAGUCGUGCAUUCUCGCCGUAGGCUCAGCUCAGCCUACGCUUGUGCCGGCACCCGAGACGGAGCAGGGCUUCAAGACGGUCAACAAGAUGAACGUCACGCUCAGCUCGGACCACCGUACGGUCGACGGUGCUCUCGCCGCGCGCUGGCUCGGCGCGUUCAAGGGCUACCUUGAGAAUCCGCUCACGUUCAUGCUCUAA